CUUCCUUGCCGAUGUUGCCAAGAGUAUUAAAAUGCAGUUAAAUAACCAAAACCAAGGAUCUGUGGAAAACAUGAGAUGGUACCACGUGGUAAAGCCAGGACGGAAGUUCCUAGAAGGAACUCUGCACUGGCUAUACAAAUGUAGUUGCAACGUGAUGACUUUCAUCAUGGGCCUGCAACAGCAGACGCAGGCUGCACCACAGGACACAGUUGAUUAUUCAGGAUAUUUGCAGUCCUCCCACAAUCAUCAGAUUCACGGCAAGCAGUCCGAAAGACAGCAGCUACAAGUUGGUCAAAAUAUAUUAGCCAAGGAUCACAACACCAGCGUCGCCAGCACUAAGGGCUUAUUAAAUGGUCCCGGGCAGAACAAUUGUUUCCUCAACAGUGCUGUUCAGGUGAGUGACCUUAAAAAGUCUCUUGAAUGGCUUAGUCUGAACUUGAAUGUUAUUACCUUUUUUUGUUUUCACGACGGAUCUUCGGUCCGAUGA